AUGAGGACUUAUUUUGAUUCUGACAACAACGGCCAGAAGCUGAGAGAUGAGGACGAAGAGGAGGCGCAGAGGCUUGAGGGCGAAUUCACAUCUAACAUUUCCGUACAAACGGAUAAAGACUCGAAGGAGGAUGAAUCAGCGGCGAAGACGAGGAGUCAACAGGGGUAUGGACCUGGCUCCGGCGUCGGCGCUUAA